AUGAUCUACCCUGACGUGUUAUACUCUAAGGCCAUUGACUUUAGUACAGGGGCGAUGGCGAGGGCGAUUCUGACUCGUGUUGCCCUAAAUCCAAAUGAGAUGCUUCCCGAUACCGGCAAAACGCCUAAUAGACUCGUCAUCCCAGAAUUGGUCCGAUCCGAAUGGUCAUAUGGUGUUGGUACAGAGGAGUACCUUAUCCGCGCCAUAUAUUUGGAUGUAGCUGCUGUCACAGUGAAUCACUUGGUCCCAUAUGCAUGUACAUGUACAUCCAAGCUGAAGCUUACAAAGAAGCCUCAAAACCUUCAUAGGUUGCUGAAGCAUGACAUUGGUAACUCUCCAGAGACAGUUACUGGAAGUAAUAACAAGAGAGCCAAGGCCAUUCUCGGCGCCUCUCAGGGUAUCCAAUCUCCUGACCGGCUAUUGUUAAUGAGCCAAAUUGUUGGACCACGCAACUCGCACAACUAG